AUGUAUUUCGAAAAAAUAGAUGCGUUUAAACUCUUCCUCUCUGUUUCACUGAGCAUCGCCAAUGCCCACACUGUGGAUUUCUACACUUGCGAUGUAUGGGACCAGUUCAUGGCGGUGCCACCCGUGGAGGUCUCCAAGAAGAUCACCUUUGGUUUCUGUGAUGAUAGUAAGCGCCUGGUGGAUGUGGCUGAGUUCUUGGAGGCUGCCUAUGCCCACUCCCUGCCUGGCCUCGGGGUCUUUCCAGGUGCUGUGGUGGAGAGUGAUGAGUUUAUGACCAAGAAGUCCCACGAGGUGCAGGCCAUGUCAGAGGUGGUGGCCAGCCUAGGCCAGCGCUGCCGGGUCAAACAGGUGAUUGAUGUGGGCUCGGGGAAAGGUUACCUUUGCUCCUUCCUGUCGCUGCGCUAUGGCCUCCAGGUGUACGGCAUCGACUCAUCCAGCGUCAACACGCACGGCGCCCAGGAGAGGAACAGGAAGCUCAAGAAGUACUCCCGGGCCUACCAGAGGCACAGCAAAGCCAAUAGGACUCCGACAGUGGUGCCCCCUUCAGGCCAGGAGGACUUGGAGGAUAUUGCACCCGGUGAGAGAGAGAGCGAGGAUAUGGUUAAGAUGAGUGGGGCUGCAGAGAAGGAGGAGGGGAAGGGGGGGAGAGACGGGGAGGCACAGACCAACACAACAGGGUUAACAGAUCGGAAUGAGGAAGAUACAAUGACAUCACUUACCUCCGCCAUUUUGUUAGAGGACAAUUCCCUUCCAGAGUUGGACCAAAGUGACCCAGCCUCAGCUCCAGAGGAACCCUUUCUCAGUGCCCUGUGUGUGGGCAUGGUGGAGCCCACCUCCCCCCGGGUUCCCCCCAGUGAGUUGAGUCUGGAGGAGAGGGAGAGGAGGAAGAGGGAGAACCUGGAGAGGAAGGCCAGGAGCUGGGUUAACAGUGGUGGCAUGGGCAGCGGCAUGCUGUACUCACCCCUGACCUCCUACGUUACCGCGGAGACGGAGCUCAAAGAGAUUAUUGGGGAGUUAGAGCUCCAGCCUCCGGAGGCUCUUCCAGACGUAGUCCACGAACGAGGUGGCCUUGGAGUAGACGUUCCCCACACGCUUCUCGCUGCCAACGACACAACAGAGAAGGUGAUAGCAGCAGCCAACGCUGCAGACGGAAAGGAGCUCCCGUUUGGCCACAAACAUGCGCAGGGUGCUGGGCGCCAGGUCUCCACACGUGUGCAGACCAACCAUGACCGCAUCCUGGGAGUGUCAAGCAGCAGCGUGUGUGGUUUCCCCCUGAGUGGCUACCUGAGGGAGCAGUCCUGGUUCUGUGGCAGAAAUGCCAGGAUGUCGGCGUGUCUGGCUCUGGAGAGAGUUGCCAAGGGCCAAGGUGUGCGGGUCAAACCUGGUGUCCUCCAUGUGAUUCUAAGGGAUCACUACAGCUCCUUUAAAAGCGAGAAGCGUGUGGGGAACGUCUACUCCAAGGCCACCUCGUUCGUGGACUACGUCUGGAGAAGCCUCCGGAGGCUGGAGCUGGACGGGUCAAAGCUGUCUGACGGUGUCAUACAGGGUUACCACGACACAUACCGACCCAGGAUGGUUGGAUGGAGGCCUUUAACUAUGUGUUUACUGACCUGCUACCUGUGUUUUACCCAGCUGAAGGUGACUUUGGCUCCCUGCAUCGAGGGCCUGAUUCUCCUGGACCGCCUCUGCUACCUGAAAGAACAGGAAGACGUGGCGUUCUCCACUCGGUGCAGCUCUUUGAUCCACUGUGUCGACGCGCUUGUUACGGAGUUGCUCGGAGUGAGAAGGCACCUGGACGGAGUUGUCGGACGUAAGGCCACUGGACGGAGUUGUCGGAGGUGA